AGAUGGCUCCCUUGAACUCCGCCUUAACCCACACUCUUCCUGGAACUGCUUUAUCCUGGGCUCGGGUCGGACCGCAGCACCAUCCUUGCGGCGCGGGUCGUCGGGAGGAGGCAGGGGUUGCGCGGCUGGGUUACAGCGGCUGCAGCUGCAGCCACUCGCCCCGGGCGCGAUGCAGCAAGCCCCGGCGUGCAGGCUGUCUGCAUGUGCGAGCUUAUGUGCGGUGGCUCCCAGACCGCUCUGGGGGAGGGGAGAGCACAGCCAGCCACUCACAGAAACAGUAGUGAAAUCUCCCCAACACUUUAACUGUCAAUCAGGCUUAAUGGGGUAUAAAAACUCCCCAGCGCUGCGGCUGUGAUAGGCAGAGAGAGCAAUAGGGAGAAAUGAGUAAGAGCCAGCGCUGAAAUAGUGUGCGGCAUAAUUCCUGCUCUGUGAUCACAGACACUCCAAGUGAAAAAAAGAGGAGAGGGGGCAGAGAGAGGCGGUUAUCAGCUCAACCUUUGCAACCGGCUCAGGACAAAACGUCUAUAGAUAUUUAUAGGUAUUAAAACAAAACCAGCAACCUUGCCCUGAAUAGAGCCUUUCUUAAAAAGAAGGUCCUGGCAAUUCUGUCUUAUUUAAGCAAUUUCCUGAGUCUAAGAAUAGAAAUGAGCUGCCUGGAAGGCACUGCAGGCUGAAAUUUGGAGACAUAGGCUGCUUUAUUUUAUUUUUCCAAGUAUAAAAACCUUCCCUUGGAUACUGGAUUUUUCUGUCUUUGAAGCAAAGGGAUCUAUGGUUACUUUUAAUUUUACUCUUUUUUUUUUCUCUCUCUCUCUCUCUUAAUUUUUAAACAACCAACCUGUCUUCCAGUUAAAAAGCAAGGAAACCGUUUUACCUGCAUGUGACAAUCCCAGAGGACAUCGAUCAAGAAACAGGGGAGUGACUUGCUCUUCUGCACUCCUUUGCUCCUACCCCUGUGGUUUUUUUAGGGGGAGAGGAUUUCUUUUUCUGGUCCAAGAAUCUUUUACCCCCGAGUUUUGGAAGGGGGUUGAAGACUUGUCACCCAUCGAGGGGUGCAUGAAGGGUAUUGGUUUUCUUUCUCUCUUAACUUGGUUUUGCAAAGGGUUGGAAGAUAAUUUUGCCUUCGUGACUUGCCUGGAACAAGAGGAUGAUUUGGAAGUGGCUGGGAGCUUUGCUGCUUUUCCCUGUGCAGAUGGUUUAUUUGGUGGUGAAAGCUGCUGUGUGCCUGGUGCUGCCGCCCAAGCUCCGAGACCUGAGCGGGGAGAACGUGCUCAUCACCGGAGGGGGCCGAGGCAUCGGUCGCCAUCUGGCCAGGGAGUUUGCCAAACGAGGAGCCCGAAAGAUCAUCCUGUGGGGUCGAACUGAAAAAUGCCUGAAGGAGACCACAGAGGAAAUAAGGAUGAUGGGUACAGAAUGCCAUUAUUUCAUCUGUGAUGUAGGAAACAGAGAGGAGGUCUAUCAACAGGCCAAAGCUGUGCGGGAAAAGGUGGGUGAUAUCACCAUCCUGGUGAACAACGCUGCUGUGGUCCAUGGGAAGAGCCUGAUGGACAGCGAUGAUGAUGCACUGCUCAAAUCACAACAUAUCAACACCCUGGGACAGUUCUGGACCACCAAAGCAUUCCUGCCAAGGAUGCUGGAGCUACAGAAUGGACAUAUUGUUUGCCUGAACUCUCUCCUGGCUUUGUCAGCCAUCCCUGGUGCCAUUGACUACUGCACUUCCAAAGCCUCGUCCUUUGCCUUUAUGGAGAGUCUGACCUUGGGGCUGCUAGACUGUCCUGGAGUGAAUGCCACAACAGUCCUGCCCUUCCACACCAGCACAGAGAUGUUUCAGGGCAUGAGAAUCAGGUUCCCUAAUCUUUUUCCUCCUCUCAAGCCAGAGACAGUGGCUAGGAGGACAGUAGAAGCUGUUCAGAUGAAUCAAGCCUUCCUGAUCCUUCCAUGGACAAUGCAUGUUCUUGUCAUCCUAAAAAGCAUUCUCCCUCAGGCAGCACUUGAAGAAAUCCACAAGUUUUCUGGGAGCUACACCUGCAUGAACACUUUCAAAGGACGAACAUAGACCUGAUGGUGCAAGGACUGUUCUGCAGUGAAACCAACACAAGCAUGAAAAUCCUGACAGGACUGUGAAUCAGCAGUCUUGGCUUUGAGCCUGUUCAUGUGACUUGCGCUGCUCUGAGGCAACACAUUUCUUGCAGGUCAUAUCCAUAGUAACAUGACCUUUGCACAGGAUCAAAUGACUAGACUAUGGACCCUUGGAAAGAAAAACAAAACGUGUGAAAUGUUUAUAUGCUGUUUAAUUCUUUAGAGUUCAAUUGUUAAAUCUACACAUAGUUUUAAGAUGUAAUUUUUGUUUCUGAAGUGUCUGUAGGCUGCCUCAGCUGAGAGGCCGUGCAUCACACCCCAUGCAUACUUUAUCCCCUCUCUUCAGAGGAACUGUUACCACAAACUGCUUCUGGUUUCAUUUCAGCUUUUUGAAUGGGGAACUUAAAGAAUGCUUUGGAGAACUAAAAGUUGCAGACAUGUAAUGGAAGCUUCUUUCCCUUCCUUCACUUUACACCCGUUGAUGAAGCUUUUCCCAACUCACAUCAGGGAAGGAGCAAACUGUGGAGCAAUGUUUUCUUUAUUAAAGCCCACCCAGGACUUCUGUCUGGAAGGACUGUGCUGGGCCCAAGGAAGCUGUCUUCACCUGUGAAGACUGGAGAGGAAUGCUCAGUCAGAAGAGCAGACAGUUUAAAUAGUGGAAGAUUCUCUCUGUCACUGAACUCAUAUAUGAAAUCUAAUUGUCUUUCUGAAUGUUCUUGUUCAUUUAUGAUCAAAUAUAUAUCUAUUUUUAGCAUUAAUUGCCACACAUGUAGGCAGCAUCACGUUGAGGAUGAACUAAAUCUAGAUCUCAAGCUAGAGCCUGCUUGUGCAAACACACAUUCACUGAGAUAAUCCAUGCAGAGGAAAAUCUAUUGUAUCAGUCUGCACAGUGCAGGAGGUGGAAUAAUGCUCUAAAAAUAGAAGAGACAGUACCAUAGUGCUCAUGAAAUGUGAGGUUUGGAAGCACAAUUAGCAAAGACCUGACUAAAUGCAUGUUGAAUUCAACUGGGAACGUCCCCAUUGUUUUUUAGGGCCAUUGAAUCAGGCACUGAUCAGCCAAAAGUAAUAAAUACUGCUUGGUCUGAAAUGCCAGCAGCAGCUAGACAUUAUUUAUUUUUGUAAUGAUAUAUUCUCUUUGACAGCCUAGUAAGAGCAACACUGCAUUCCUAUGCCAGAUGCAGUGUGCAGCACUAGGCACAGUGAUGUAGCUGAAACAUACUGGAAUACUACUAAAAGAGGAAUUAAUAUAAUUGCAAUACAGGAAACUAGCAAACUGCAGAACACCUGAGUGAAGCACCUCAAGGAAGGCCACGUGGUUAAAGGAGUGACUUUAGGGCUCCUGACUUGAAUUUCAAGCUUUUCCACAGAAGUCCCCUGUGAGCCGGGGCAAACUGCUUAAUUUCAUGGUGCCCCCUGACCUGCAAAGCAGAUAUUUCUAGGAUUUCCCUACCUCAGAAAUUAUUUGACUACCUAAAUGUUUGGCAAAAGCUCAGCAGAUUCAAAUGGAACAUGCAGUGGAAAGCAAAAACAUUAUUUGUUCAGGAACUAAGAGCUUCUCUACAAAAAUUCUGAAGAGGAAAAAAGCCCAUAUGCUGAAAUACAUCAGUUCUGAAAGAUCUGAGUUCCAGCAGAAAAGCUGUGGGCUGUAUUUGAGAUACUCAGUUGGUAUAAGCAGCCUUAAGGAAUGGAGGUCGACUGCUUAGGUGCAAUGAUGGGAAUGUUAAAAUCUGAAGGCCUGAACCUGACUGCAAAUCAGUAGAUACAUCUGUUCCUGAGCAGUUCAAGAGGAAGACACUGCCCACAGUGCAAGCUCCUCUGCCUGCAUGGGUGUUCUGAGGAGCUGUCCUGUGUGGGUCAGCGCUUUCCUUCUGAGUACAGAACAUACAAGCUGUAGCACUCUGCCAGCUUUGAAAAGGUUUUCUUACAAUGUGGUGAACUCCUGGAUGUCUGAGGCUCUCUGGAGAGGAUGAAAAGAAACUUGGAUGUCUCUCAUUUUGACACUCACUUUAAUAGAUGCUUUCAGCUUUAUUUUUGUGUCAAUUUUUUGAGAAGAAAGCCAGUUCAGUGAAAACACAAGUGCACUGAGGGGAGAACCCUUCCAGAAUCUGCCAGGAAUACUGAAGGUACUGUAUUUAUCAAGAGAUGCUUGGGAGGGGAAGGGAUGAUUAUACAGACCUCCCCUUGUGCACUCUAAUCCUUUCUAGUUUCUCAUUAAUCACAGCCAGGCAUGCCAAGCUUGGAGAUUCAAGAGCAAAUGGAACUGGUGAAAGAGAGCACCCUGCAGUGUCUCCCUUAAAUUAAACCUUUAUGCUGAGAUUCUCUUCACCAAUACUAGUGUAAAAGUGAGGGGAAAACUAGCACAGAUGUGAAUUUAAGUACCCACUCAUCCCCAAAUCAUGUCCCUUAGAUGAAUCUGUUCUUUUCCUGCACAGCAUAAAAGAUAUUCCCUAUCUUCAGAGGUUGUCUUACAUACUAAGUGCUGUUGAUUUCUUUCUAAUGGAUAUAAACAAGCCAGACUCUCAUCAUCUCACUCCUCUCAUACACACACACACACACACCUCCCAGCUUCCCUCUCUCUUUCCCUCAGGGUCUGUGAGCGGACAGCAGGUCAAAUAGCAGUCACAGUGGGGGAGAGGUAUGUGGCAAACAGAAAAUAAUGAGGAAAACAUUGACUUUGCUUUUCAGAUAGUAAGGGAAGAGUUGGGUAACAGAGUUUCUUCUCUUGCGUGUGUUUGGGAUGGAACGCUCUCCAUCCAGCGAGCUGCUCGCAGAUUUGGAGUGAAUACAUUUGAAGACUUGUUUUUUUAUACAGAAAGGCUCUUCUGGAAUGCCUGCUGAGGUCUACUGUCCUUUUUUUCACAUAAGGUUGGUAUUGGGUAAUCUUGAAGUGCUGCAAAUGUCGACAAGCUUUGUUGAAGCCUAAGGCCUUCUCAAAGGAAUUUCCGCCCUUUGACUUAUUUUAAUGUUGGUUUUCCUUGCUCCCUGCACUGCCUCCUGCUUUCCACUGCACAAUUAUUUCUUUCCCUUCUGUUUUCCUAUGUCAUUACUGCACUUUUCAGUGCCACCAUCUUGAAGCCAGAUGUCAUACAAAGAGUCUGGAGUAAAUAAAAAUCAGGGUAUAUAUUGCUUAUCCUGCUGGAGGGAUGGAGGUGAAGCUGUAGGAGCAGGUCACACAAGUUUCAUGUGAAAUUAGUUCUACUUGCUCCAAUCUAUGAAGAAGACUCUUUACUGUUGUUUUUAUCCAGGAGAUUGCUGCUGGUUUAAAAUGUGAAGGAUAGAGAAGUGUUAGCUGUUUUGGGACAUAAAAAGACCUUAUUUAAAAGGGAGGAUUUGUCAUUUCCAGGUGUUCUCAAGGGCUGGUGUUUACACCAAGUAAUUUCAGAACUGGAGAGGCAGGGCAGGGAGAGGAGGAGUCCUUUGUGAGUAAAUCUGAUUCCUCAUGUUCAAUAUCUGAUUUGGUAUUUUGCUUUUAAUUAGAGUAAAAAAAAAAGAGCCUGUUCCCUCAUGCACUCCUGGUGAACUUAAAGAGUCCUUCCAGCAAUAUCCCUGCUGAUGGCAUGUUUCUAGCAGGGUGAAGAAAAGGACUGAGGUCUGAAAGUGAGAACUGCACCCUACCAACUCACUCAUUGUUCUGCUGAGGUUAAAAAGUGACUGAGUCCAUCUCUAUAGUUCUUCAAGGACUUCACAGAAAGUGCCUGGGCAAGUGAUUCUGAUGUUUGCAAAGAGAAACUUGUUGUGCUUUUAUGUAAUGUGUUAAUUAGUGUGGGUGGAUAUGAUCAGAUCUAGUCCUGCAAGCCUUUUAGACAACUCCCUGAACACUCCUACCUUCAGAUAUUAACAGAUAGCACUGCACUUGCCAAGUCUCAUAAAAACCCUGUAACAGACCCAAUGCAGAGCAGAGCAUAAGUGGGUGCAUUUAGUUUAAAGAGAACACAUCUGUUUGUAGCAGACAUUAAUUUGGCCUAGUGUUUGCCUCUAGCUGAAAUGCAACUGUUGAGAAAACAUUACAAGGGUGACUUUAGACCAUCUAUUUUGUUUUUAUUUCUUCAUGUGGAUUUAAUAAACUUAAUCUGCAUGACAGCCACUUUUUUUUUACAGCACUUGUUCCUAAAUUUAGGAGUGAAGCAAGAUUAUGUCAAAUGUAAUCUUGUGCUUUUUUCACCAACCAACCGGCAGCCCCAAGAAUCAGAAUAUCCUGCAGUGUCUUUGCAGCUCUCCUCUCCCUGGUGCUAAGAUCCUGCAGCCUGGCAUUGCUCCUCAGCCUGCUGGAGUUUGGAGACUGAGGGAAACUCAUCAGUCCCAAGUAGCUGUUACAGUCUGUAGUGAACCGAGUCCUCCUUGUUAAAGGGCUUUUCUGAAGGAGAUUGUGAGAUGUGAAGAGUGACAGGCACCUCUCACAGGCUUCAGCAAGUCACUUUGAGAAAGACAUGAGGAAAACCAGCACUUCACCUUCUCCUUGCUACUCAUUCCCUUUUAUCUGGUCUUUCCUGUGAGAAGCUGGCAAUCCAGUCACUUUUCUGACUGAUAAACUGUCUCUCUUCCCACCCUCUGCUCUACUAAGGCUGCCUCUUCAGUACCUUCAGAGAGUCAACAGCUUCAACAGAAACAACCUUUUCUGUAUUCUUGAGGUGAGUCUGAUGUGUUAGAGAGAUCAGACCAUUUUGAGGGGGCUGAGGUACCCCAGCCUGUAGACUACAGCUGGAAGACAAGGGACACAACUUGAAUGUUGCCAGUACUACCGAAGGCAGGGAGUUCCCCUUGCUCCUGCCAUCUUUUCUUGAUACCUAACGCCCUCUUUUGUUUGUGGAACAGAUCCCUCAAGCUGACACUUUAGCAGAAACACAUAAACACAUACAGAUCCAGCCUGUGUGGACUGGGUACAACUGAAAAGCAUAGACCUCUCAGGAGACAAUUUAUGUCUCCACACCUCUCCAAAGAGUCCAAAUGUGUUCCUUGUGUUCACUUUUUCUAUGGGUCUUGUGACAUAUGAACACAGAAGAAAACCCAAGGCAAGGCUGUAUGCUGAUUUUUCUGCAUAAAUCCAGAAAAGCAGUUCUUUCUCAAAUGAAGGAAGAAAGCACUCUAAUUUGAGCUGGAGAGUGCCUGAGGAGUUAAGUAUAUGAGAAAACAGAAUAGAGGAGCUUUUAGGAGGAGGGUGAUGCCCUAAACAGAGGUGAGGUGCCACCUUAUGUGGUGGAAUGUGAUUUCCAUCCAGACAUGAAGUCUAUAAAAGAAGCAUGUUGUUACUCCUGCUCAUUCCUGAGGGUCACCAUGCCCCAUAAAGCAGGCCAUUAACUUUGUAGUUUGCUGGCUCGGAACACCCCAAUACAUCAGUUACUGUU